AUGAAUCUACUAAGAAGAAUACUAAAACAAAAACUAAUAGUAAUGACUGUAAUUGGUGUAUGUGCUGGAAUAUCCUCAGGACUUAUUCUUAAAACUUUUACUUCACAACCAUGGUCAACACGAGACAUAAUGUAUCUCAAAUUUCCUGGAGAACUAUUCAUGAGGUUGGUAAAUUGUUUAAUACUACCCCUCGUUACAUCCAGCAUUGUGAGUGCCACUUGCAACUUGAAGAAGUCAGGUCAAAUUGGAACAAUGGCGUUGUAUUACUAUAUAACAACAACAUUCCUUGGGAUAGCAUUAAGUGUUACACUUGUUCAAACAAUAAAACCUGGAGAAUUGCUUAAAAAUAAAAAUAUUGUUUCUCAAAAUGCAACCAGAUCUUUCAUGACAGUGGACACAAUUUUAGAUCUGUUUCGAAAUCUUAUGCCAGAUAACAUGAUAAUGGCAUGUUUAACUCAGUAUCAAACUGUAUUAGAAAAUCCAAAAAAUGAGUCAGUACCAAUUGAUGAAUGGAAAAUAGACCAUACAAGUAUAGCAGGAACAAAUGUAUUGGGAUUAGUAUUUUUUAGUUUAGUUUUAGGAUUAGCACUUGGAGAUAUAGAUUCAAAAGGUGAACCUUUGAUAAACUUUUUCCAAUCCAUGUCAGAUGCAAUGAUGAAGAUCAUGAACUGGGCAAUAAUGCUAGUACCAAUAAGUGCAUUGUUCCUUAUUUCUGGAAAAAUUCUUGAAGUGGAAGACUUUGACAGUCUGAUAAAACGAUUGGGAAUUUACAUUUUAACUGUCUUCAGUGGUUUGCUAAUCCAAGGUUUAAUAUUACUACCUUUAGUAUAUUUUAUAUGUACACGCAAAUCUCCAUACAAUGUUAUAUUUAAACUUGGACCAGCUUUUGUCACUGCAUUUGGUACAUCAUCUAGUACAGCAACAGUUCCAGUAACAAUAUCAUGCUUAGAACGUAUUGGAAUACCUUCUAAAAUAUCUAGAUUUAUUGUACCAAUUGGUGCUACAAUAAAUAUGGAUGGUAUAGCAUUAUAUGAAAGUAUUGGUGCAAUUUUUAUAAUUCAAUUGCAUGGAUUACAAUUUUCUUUAUUCAAACUUAUAAUAAUCAGUAUAACGUGUACUGUAUCGUGUAUUGGUGCUGCCGGUUUACCUAGUGGCGGUUAUGUAAUGUUGAUAAUGGUGUUAAAUUCCGUGGGAGUUCCAGUGGAAGAUGUUUCAUUAAUUAUUGCUAUCGAUUGGUUUGUAGAUCGUUUUAGAACUACCUUAAACAUCGUGGCCGAUGCUUUAGGUGCUGGUAUAAUAAGUCAUUAUUACCAAAAAAAGAAACAAAAUUCUGUGCCAGAAGAAAUGGAAUUAUAUACUUCGUCGUAA